AUAAUUGUUACGCCCACUCUCGCUAUGGCACCUGUUGAUCGACGUGAACACCGUCAACAGCGCGUUCGUGGCGCAGGGGCUUCGACUGUACAGGCAUCUUUUGGCUUCAACUUCGGUGCUUUAGGCGCAAAACAAUCCUCUCUCCCACCGCAGCGAUCUAGACGCCGCUCUCGAACACCAGUCCAAGGCACGCCGCGCAAUGUGAACGGAUCAGCGAAGCGGCACCACAGUCUCUCAGCACCACGCAGUGCCAAAUCGCAGCGUAAUGCCACGCCGAGAAAUACCGCAGUCACGCCACAACUGGGGAAAAGGAAGCGUGAAUCAACUGCUGCAGCUGCAGCAAAUGCUCAAAAUGAAGAAGAGGACGAGCUAAGCCCAGACCGCGUUGAGAACGUGCGCUCAGUUGAGAAGAGCAGGAGACUCGCCAGAACAGUCUCGCCUAUACGAGAGGAGCCAAACGAGGCGCCAGACGAGCUAUCGAUUAUAGACGAGGCACCAACCACCGCCAGAAAGAUGCCAGGCCACGUAACGGGCCUGCUCUCGAACGUCACCGGCGGAUCGGCGAGCUCACGUCAAAAUAUCUCUCGAAGGUCAAAGUCCACCGAUGUUGUUCCAGUUACACCAGGAAUGCAACCGCACAGUAGCUCCAGGCAUUCCUUCGUGUUGUCGACAACAGUAGAGAACACUGCGUCUAACGCUUCACAAGCCGAGGAUGAGGAUGUGGAUGAGCUCUCACCACCACACGACAACACUACUACCCCAAGGGUGGUUUCGAGAGAAUCGAUACCAAAUGCCAUACCUCUCGAGGGUGAAGAGGGGGGCAUCGAUGAACUUUCGCCCACGCAGGAAAUUGCCUCGACUACAAUAACAGCAGUCGUCAAAGGUGCACACAGUGAGACUGCAGCGACUCCCAUAAAGAGUGUGGCGCGUGGCAGGCCACACAAGACCACCCAAACAAACGAGGCCAAUACUCUAUUUAUACCAGCGGCCCAAAAGCCUAGACAAAAGAGGAGCCAGAAAAAUGUGGUUGAAGAGGAGCCGACCGAUGAGCAACAAGACGAAUUGUCACCUGAGACAGAACGGAUGACACAGGCGACUCCAAAACUCGCAAGACGAACCGAAGAGAAGGCGCAUGUAUCUGAUGAAGAGUCACAUGUGUACGAAGAGGAGCUGGAGCCUGAGGAGGAAGCUCGAGAGCCUACACCUAGACCCAUCGCAAAGCGCACAUCUCCUAAGCACACCCAGCGUACAAAGCCUUCCAACGACAAGCCACCACGCAAACGACAGAAAUUCCUUGGCCCUAGGCUCGCGAUUUCUGUAAUGCGCAUGGAGGGUUACGGCGUACGAGGCAUCACAGUAGCGGAUACUACACGUACAAUACUCGAAGAAGCGAUCGACCACCGUCUCGGCAGGAUGUUAGAGAAGAUGCAGACUGCACAGGAUUCAGCGCGCCGAAAGGAGCUACGAAGCGAGGUUAAUCUAGCAUUGUCCUUCAAAGAAAGCCUGAACGAAAAGCUGCUGGAUUUGCAAGACGCGAACGACGUCCUAACGACCAACCUGAAGAAGAUGAAGGUCUUCAAGCGCGACAAUGCUGAGCUGCGCAAAGACAUUCUGGUUCUGCAGAAUAGCCGACAGGAGAUUGCUCUUGAGCAUGAUAACGUUCAGGCAGAAUUCGAGGCAGAGAAGGCCAAGGUUGAGGCAAGAAACACUUUGAGCGCCAACAUGUUCGACAUCGAGGCUGCCAUUCAGAAUGGCCGCCAGAAGGCAAAACAUGAAGGGCGAGAAAAUGAAGCGCCAAACGUGUCAUUAAGCAUGCUUCUCGAGAUGGUGAGCAGAGAUGUGGGCUCGAUUGGCGGUGGACUGCUUGCGAAUCUGAAGAACUUCAACAGUACGUUAGAAAGGGCAGCAGGCUGGCUUGAGGGAAGGGCGUGAAUGCUGGCAUCUGGAUACAAGCAUUCUUUCAGGCGUAUGGAUCACGAUGUUUCUAGGACGGAUACCCGGCACAAAGCCACUUGCAGAUAUGAAAUCAAUGUUU